GCUGGUUUGUUGUGGGAAAGUGAAGACGUGGCGGCCAUUUUGUUCAUUUUGGAAUCCACUUGCAUCUUCGCAGGUUAUAUUGUGUGAAUAGCUACAUUACUUAUUAUUUUACAGAAAUAUGAGGUAUUUCUUGCUACAAAUAUUUAUUUUAUCAUUUUGGGCUAUUGUAAAUGGAGACGAACACGAUCAUAAGUAUCAAAACCAAGAGGAGGUGGUGUUAUGGAUGAACACAGUUGGUCCUUAUCACAAUCGGCAAGAAACAUACAAUUACUUUUCAUUGCCAUUUUGCAAAGGAGAAAAAACAACAAUUAGUCAUUACCAUGAAAGUCUUGCUGAUGCAAUCCAGGGUGUUGAACUGGAAUUUAGUGGCUUGGAUAUUUCAUUCAAAGUCAACAAGCCAAGUGCAAAGGUUUGUGAGAUGGAAGUAAAUGAAGAGAAUUUUCAAAGUCUAAAAUAUGCAGUUGAUAACCAUUAUUGGUAUCAGAUGUAUAUUGAUGACCUGCCAAUAUGGGGUAUUGUUGGGGAAGGUGACCAGGGAAAAGAUUAUUACAUCUGGACCCAUAAGAAAUUUGAAAUUGGUUACAAUGACAAUCAGAUAGUUGAUGUUAACUUGACCAGUGAGACAAAAGCCAAACUUACACUUGGAAGUAAAAUUGUGUUUACUUACGAGGUCACAUGGAAGCCUUCCACAAUUGUAUUUGACAAGCGAUAUGAGAAGUACCUUGAUCCAAAUUUCUUUCAACACAGAAUUCACUGGUUUUCCAUCUUUAAUUCGUUUAUGAUGGUUAUUUUUCUGGUUGGCUUGGUCAGUAUGAUCUUGAUGCGCACUUUAAGAAAGGAUUAUGCCCGAUACAGCAAAGAAGAUGAUUUAGAUGAUAUGGAACGUGAUUUGGGAGAUGAAUAUGGUUGGAAACAAGUACAUGGUGAUGUCUUCCGUUCAGCAUCUUAUCCAUUGUUGUUCUCUUCUGUUAUUGGUACUGGUUAUCAACUUGCUACAGUUGGAUUUAUCGUCAUUGUAAUGUCCAUCAUCGGAGAUCUUUACACAGAACGUGGCUCAAUACUGACAACGUCGAUAUUUGUUUAUGCUGCAACUGCUCCAGUGAAUGGAUAUUUCGGAGGAUCCUUAUACUCCAGGCAAAGCGGUAAAAGUUGGAUCAAACAAAUGCUUUUCAGUACUGCAUUAUUCCCGUCGAUGGUUUGUGGAACAGCCUUUUUAAUCAAUUUUGUCGCUAUCUAUUAUCGUGCUUCGAGGGCAAUUCCGUUCACAUCUAUGCUCUCUGUUGCGGCGAUAUGUUUAUUUGUUAUUCUGCCGUUAAACCUUGUUGGUACUGUACUUGGCCGUAAUAUGGCAGGAACACCUGAUUAUCCAUGCCGGAUAAACACCGUGCCACGUCCAAUCCCAGAGAAGAAAUGGUUUAUGGAGCCAGCAAUUAUUGUCUGUCUUGGUGGAAUAUUACCUUUUGGCUCGAUCUUUAUCGAAAUGUACUUCAUUUUUACCUCUUUCUGGGCGUACAAGAUCUAUUUUGUAUUUGGUUUCAUGUUUUUGGUAUUCUUCAUCUUGAUCAUUGUUACCAUGUGUGUGACCAUUGUUUGCACGUAUUUCUUGCUUAAUGCGGAGGACUAUCGUUGGCAAUGGACAUCGUUCUUAUCAGCAGCAUCGACGGCUGUCUAUGUUUAUUUCUACUCCUUCUAUUAUUUCUUCUUUAAAACGAAGAUGUAUGGGUUCUUUCAAACGACGUUCUAUUUUGGUUAUAUGGCUUUAUUCAGCAUGGCUCUCGGAAUCCUCUGUGGUACGCUUGGUUAUAUUGGAGCAAGUGCAUUUGUUAAAAAGAUCUACUCUACUGUCAAGAUAGAUUAGGAAACCGACCAUCACCGCUGGAAAACAAAUAUGAACUAAUAUUUUGCAGUCGUGAUUCAGCAAUAAACGAAUUGUAUAGUGUAACAUGCAACGUAAUUAGAUUAGAUUGUGUCUUCAUUCUUAGUUGCUUUAGUGUAGUUUCAAUGGUCGAUACGGCACUUUUGAAGAAUGAAGUUGCCCAGUCGAUUUCUUACAAAAUAUACUAGAACUAUGUUUGCAUGUUACCCUGCUAGAAUUCUGGGACCGGUUGUACGAAAGCUGGAAAGCGCUAUCCACCGGAUAGUGGGUUUUUCAACCGCUCUAAAAUUGCCUCAUAUUCGGUAAACCUGGGUUAAACCUUAGUAUUCGUAAGUAGGGGAUUCUGUUUGAUAAUUGUUGACUUCAAACCUUCAGUAUUAUUGCUUUUCAGGCAUUUUUAAAAUCACUAUCCGCGGUGGAUAGCGCUAUCCAGCGUUUGCACAACCGGGCGAACCGGCCGCUGUUGUACAUGGUCGUGAAGAUUUUCUAUAUGCAAUAUGGCCGAAGAUUAUAAGCACUACGUCAUGUCAGAAUUUGUUGAAUAUGAUUUUUGUCGUAAAAACUUAUUCAACAAUACCCUGAUUAAGAAAAGCACACUUGGCCAUUUACUGCAUUUUCCAGUGAUGACUAUCGCAGUAAAAUGCUGUAUCAAUGUGCUAUUACUGUGUUCUGCCUGUUAAUACCAGCUGUGAUUAGAUGCAAUGAACAUGUGGGUGCAACCCAAAAAACUAAGGAGUUAUCCAAUGAUUCUUUUUAUUAUAAUAUCAUUGGUAAACUAUUGAACUAUAUUAUUGUAUUGAUGUCAUAGGUCAAUAUGUUUUUCGUAACUGUAAGUACAACUGUAGGUGUAAGAACAGUGUAGUUAUUAUACAGAAUUAAAUCUA